AUGCCGCCUCGUUUCAGCGAGAUCCUCGACUCGGAGGACGAAGAUGAUCUUGUUGCCGUAAAAGCUCUUUCCGCAGUGGCAACUUUUACAAGCGGGGAAGACGCGCCUGUCGACCUUGAUGUAGAUCACUCUUCAGCUUCGACAGCAGAACAAUUGAGGCGAGCUCAUCUAGCAUUGAUGGCUCCCACCCAGGAAGACGGUCCUGUUGUCAAUUUCUCCGACCUUGCUGCUACUUCUGCUGCCACCUCGCCAUCUAGUACCCACAAGAAGCGUUCUUUUAUCGAGACGAACCCCGAGCCUCGUUCAUCUGGAAAACUCAAGCGCAUUAAGAUUGUCACAAAGCCCUCGCCUCAAAACUCCCCUACCGACCUCGUCAUCCCGCCUCCAAUUCUACCAUUCGAUGGCACUAGCGAUACCAUUCCUGGCCCUACCCUACCCUCGCUGGUAGGCCAUGACAUGCUCAGUGAGAAGAGAACCCCUAAGCCUCGGAAGCGCAACUCUUCGCAGCAACAAUCAUCCUCUGCCGACCAGAACAGUCUCACGCCAUGGUCAGGAACUGCUCUCGGUAGCAGCGAUAAGAUCAAUUCCGAUGAUGCUGUAGGCCUACCCAAGGAGAUGUACCAGCCGAGACCCAGUCGCUCGAGGUCUGCCCAAGUUGACAACUCACAUGUCGACUACACUAUGGUAGUUGAGAAAGCCAUCAAGAAGGCCAAACCGAAGCGAUCCAUCACCGAUACAGCCGAUAACAUCACCUCAGAGCCUAUGUUUCCCAAGCAUCCCAUCGAUCAAGCGCCACCUUUCGAAAGACUGUCGCCGAGCCCCGAGUCGCCUACUUUUGAACAAUCUAUACAGCUCGACUCUACCGUACCCGAGUCGAUACAAGAACAUCCUUCAUCAAGCAAAUCGUCAAAGUCGACCAAGAGAGCCGCUGCCACAAAGCCACCUGCUAAACGUGGACGUCCAAAGAAGCAGGUUAUUGAAGAUGAGGAAGAUGAACUGGCUCCAGAAGAGGACGUCUCAAUCGCAAAACCCAAGACACCCAAGUCAUCUUCCAGAACCGAAGUUCAAGUUGUGAUAGAGUCAAGGCCAGAUCCAGCGUUGGCAGCCAGCGUCCUUGCCCAGCUUAGACAACACAAGUCGAGGGAGCCAACCCCAAAGCUACCACCAGAUCCUUUGGCCGAGGAGCCUCUAUCAGAACCACCUCAAGCAGAGCCAUUUGAUGAUGUGAAUGCCGAACACGCCCAGGAUGAGGAUGAAUCUGAAGAUGAUGUCGUGAAGCCUAAGCCAACCGCUCGGACAAAGGCACUGGCCAAGUCGAAGGCCAAACCAAAGACACCUGAGCCGGUCUACAAGGAAGAGGAUGCUUCAGUACAUGAAGACGAGGAUGACUUCGAGGAAGAGGUCGUCAAGCCGAAGCCUAGGGGUAAGGGAAGGUCUAGAGCCAAGCCAAAAGCAAGGGGAAAAGCAGUGAAGGCUGUCGUUGCUCCAGAUCCACCUUCCGACCAUGAAGAAGAGGCCCCGGAGCCUCCUCUGGUAGACGAUGAUGAGGAGUCCGAAGCCGACCACAUUUCCGAAGCAGAAGAAGACUCCGAAGAAGAAUCACCUAAACCGAAGGCCAAAGCCAAAUCGAAGGCUAAGCCUGAACCAAAAUCGAAAGCGAAACCCAAGGUCAAAGCGGCGACUCCAAAGCCAGCCGCUGCUACUCCGAAGCCGACCCCCCCUGAAGCAGAGACGCCGAAGCCUGCGAUCGCUGAAGCGCCCACACCAGCUGCUAUUACCACACCAAAGGUUGCUACAGUGAAGAAGGAUGCAAAGUCUUCGGCAAAGCCAAGUUGGCAGCAAUCAACAUAUCGUGUGGGACUGAGCAAGACGCAACGUAUCCCCUCUUUGCUCAAGGUGUUCAAGAAGUGA